GUGGGAAGCCUGAUGCAUUUGUCCAGGGCUGUAUUGAUGCUCACAACAACUACAGACAAAGGCACGGAGCACCUCCAUUAACGUGGAAUGUGGAUCUACAGAUUAGAGCUCAGGCAUGGGCGGAUCAGAUGGCUACAACAGGCAUCCUCUCCCACGAUAUGAAAGGAAUAAAUAAAUUUAACGACGGAGAAAAUAUCGGCUUUAAUAAAAGUGAAAUAUAUAAACCAUUAUGCCAAGGAGUUCGCUCUCCAAAUUGCUACCAUUGUAGCGAAACGGUAGAUUUGUGGUAUUCAGAAAACCAAAACUACGAUUAUCAGCGAGCGACAAGCACCAAUGGCAGAACAUAUCUUCACUUCACCCAGCUUGAAUGGAUGGAGACAAGUAAAAUGGGUGUCGGCGUAGGAGUACGUAAGGUCUACGGUUUGAAUUUAAAGACAUCCUUUGAUAUUUACACGGUUGUAAAAUAUUCACCAAGAGGAAAUUAUGGAUAUACCGAUGACUAUUUGAAGAAUGUAAAGCCAGAAAGAGGAGCGCAAGCAUUCAUGACGUUUAUUCAAAAAACUCGCACGCCAUAUAACUUCAACCGAGAUUGCCUUGCGACCCAUAAUACAUUGCGAGCUCAGCAUGGUGCACCUUUGCUUACAUGGAGUAUCGAGUUAGAGCGCCAUGCCCAAGAAUGGGCAGACAAUCUGGCAAAACGAGACGUUCUUGAGCACGACAGAGUUGGUAUGAAAAAGUACACGGAAGGUGAAAACAUAGCUUGGCUCACAAGUGAAAGAAAGGUCUGUGAGACGGAACUUUCUGGCGAUUGCAUACCAUGCAAAAGGAUCGUACUUUCCUGGUACAACGAGGAAGGCAAUUACGACUAUUCAAAAGGGAGAGCAAAAGCACAAGGACUGCCUGUUCUUCAUUUCACUCAGGUAUGUUGA